AUGUCGCAAGCUGCAGUUGACAUUCCUCGGAAGCGUCAGCGAGUCACGCAAGCCUGUCACCGAUGCCGAAGUAAGAAAUACAAGUGCAACAGCGUCCGCCCGGCAUGUUCUACCUGCAUCGCAUCGAACUCUGAAUGUUCCUACGGUACCGCUGUCAAACGACGUGGACUUCAAUCUGGAUAUGUCAGAGCAAUUGAGAUAUUAUGGGGCCUGGUCUUCAAGAAGAUUGCUGGUAGUCAGGAUGGAGUCAACAAGCUGCUUGUUGAGCUCUCCGUCGUCAUCAACCAGACUCCUGUCGACAGCAACGGAAAUGACAACGCAGACGACCUUUUGAAGUACUGGAGAAGCAGUGGUGUACCAUCAGCUAUUGAGUCGUUGUUAGAUGGUGAAGUCAUCAAUAGUCCCAGGCUACAGACUGCAGUCCCUGAAGACACAGACGCGAAUGUUGAUCUCAGUCUGGCAUCUCUUCAAGCUUGGCCUCUACCACAGUCAACCCGUUUUCCAGGCACAACACCGUCAGCAGCAUCACCACCACCACUCCCGGAAUCAUUACAGCAACUGAUGUCACCAACGGUGGUGGGGGUUUUAGAUUCAACAUACUCAUUGGAAACACCAAUCUCGAGACACCAAACGCAUGGAGAAAACUCACUGUCUGAUUGGUCGCCUCUCCCAUCGGAUUGGCAUGACCUAAUUCAGAUCUAUCUGACCGUCGAGCACUCAUGGCUUCCAAUUCUCGAGCGACAUGCUCUCUUCCGAAUAGCAUAUACUUACCAGGACCAUUGUGACCCCCGGAAAUGCCUCGAUGACCGGCGUCGUGGUGAAUUCUCAAGCUUGUGGGCUGUACUAGCACUCGGCGAAGUACAUUCUUACGGCAUCUCAUCUUCAAGGGUCGUCCAAUUCCGCUCUAUCUCCCAGUACUUUCUCUCUAAGGAUCCGAUGCAUGAGGAUUAUCUUGAUUACGCCCAGGCAUUGCUACUCGAAUCUACUCUCCAUCUCGGCCGCAGCAACCUGGUACUUGCCAAGUCCGCGCUGGCUCAAGCUUUUGUUCUCUCCUCCGCAGUCGAGGGUCAGGAUCUUUCAGCUAAGGUUGCGUUUCAAAAGCAACUUCAUCUCACACUUUCUGGAUGCUUCGUCGUAGACACACUUUUAUCUUUCACCAUGGGCACCAGGCCGCAGAUGACAUCAGACGAUCUUCCCUCGAGUUCACCUUGCGAUGAGUCUGGUUCAGAUGAAUGGGAGCCUUUCGUCAACAAAUUCGGAAAACUCCCGUCCUCUAGGUCGUCAGGUGUCAGCACGCUAGCAGCACCCAGUCGUGUAUCCAGCACAUUCAACUACCUUGUCAAACUGCUUUGCAUUCUGAAUGCUGCCAUGCGAGAGCAGACAUCCAAAGUUGUACUUACGGCGUCCAUUGAAGCUUGGUGCAUCAACACACCUGCUCAUCUCAACAUAGCCGAGUCGUCAAGCAGUUACACAACAAAAAACUGCUUGCCACCGCAGCUUCACCUCAAAGCAUUGCGAGUUGCCGCUUCGUUCCUUGGCACUUCCAGGUCAAUCCGGGAUCAGACCUAUGUGCUCAACAACGACACCCAGCAGAGAUUGAGGAAGGACAUGGGAUCCGUUGUAGUGCACAUGAGUCAAACGUUUGGCGUCAAAUCUCUUCCCGCAUCUCUCAGCGUUCUGAUUCCUUUGCUCGAAGCUCACCAUUUUUGGCCCAAUGAACCGAGGCAGUCGAACGUUAGUAAUACAAUCACCGAGUACAAAAGUCUUUGGGGGUGGAACAAUGCGCUUUGUUUUGACGACAGCGGUCUGCCGCCAACGCUCGUUACACAAGGCCUGUCGGACGGCGUCCCCCAUCGCGAGUCGCUGAAUCACCUGAUACCCACGGCUGACACGGACAACACAUCAGGGCGGCAGAGUGGACAUAUCUCAACCUCGAAUAUUGUCACACAUGAACAGCCGGAUACGACUGAAGUAGAUGUACCUGCACAGGCUUUGCGUAAUGAUACCGAUAUAUCUCAAGAUGAUAUCUUGCUUGGAAAUACCCCAGAUCAGUUGCGAGACUAUCUGGCUCUUCUGCAGGAGAACGAGAGUGCGAACAACGAUCAAAACUUCAUGCAGUCGCUCGGUUUCUUCGACAACUUCGACUAUACGGAUCUCUAA